UACAGUCGUUACAGUCAGCAUCAAAAUGGUCAAAUAUAUAGGUACACAUGUGUCACAAUGGUCAAAUAUAUAUUUUUACUUAUUUUACAGUACAUAUGGAGCUACUUUACCGCACUAGUGCGAUAAUUAGCACAUUACGUAACUAUAUCGAACAUUUUAAGGGCCAUAUGUAUUGUAAUACAUUUGCGAAUAGUUAAUUCGAAACUCGUGUCGACUUAAAAUCGUAUCGCCACUCAUUGCGAUUUUUUAUUUUUCUCACCUGGUUUGGUGUUCUGGGACGUUUACUUACUUACUACUUACUCCGUUGGCUCAGCGACCCAAAAUGAGACUUGGCCCCCGACACAAGACAGCGCCACUUUUCUCGGUCCUGUGCGACCUCUCGCCAAUUGUCGACUCGAAGCUCGCGCAGAUCCGCCUCCACCAUGUCGCUCCAGCGAUACCUAGGGCGUCCGAUAGGACGUCCUCCUGCUAGGCGACCCAGGUACGCUCUUUUUACGUUUUUACUUGACUAAAUUACUAACGUAGUCCGAUCAAGCAUUAUGGAACGCGGCGCUGUCGGUAAAGCAGGUGACUCGCGUUGAUAAAGCAGGUUUCUGUCGUAUGCGGGUGUGAGUGGUGUAACAUGUGCAAUGUCGUUAACACAAACACAUGCUAAGUGUUAACAGUAGGCGCAAAUAGUUGACUUACCAAAGAAAAUUUGAAUUUCGCGCCUUUUCCGCCUGACAAGUUGGGUUGGGUGUGUAUACGCUGUCUUGUGUUUCCUUGUGUUGGCGGCAAAGCCGUGGAAAAGUGGUUAAAAUGUAAGUAAUGUGUUGUAAAGUGAAGUUUAAAUUUAUCGCUGAACAUGUGCACCUUCAAAAAAGGUAUUAUAACAAUCGUUAUUAUUUUAAGUCGGUUAUAAAGGUUAAUAUCUUAAUGAUGUCUUGUGAGCAACUAAUUCCAUACCUACUAAUAUACCGACAAGUUAUCGAUACAGUCAUAUGAACAUUUUGUCAAGCCCUAGCGUAAAGUAACAGUUUAGGUUUUUACACAAAAUAUUCUAAAUUAUUGACUAAUAUCAUGAAAUAUUAACACACAAUUGAAGAAAAACUUAUAAUGAACUGUAUAAAUUGGCUUUUUACACUUUUUAUGCUGUUAAUAUGAUAAAAUAUCGUUACGAAAAUUUCUCUACGAUUAUCAUAAUUACCUGUGAAAUGAGUAUUUCCCUGGGUUUUUUGGCCCUGAAACACAACAAUCCGGCACACAACAUGACACCAUCUUCACUAAAUUACUUAAUAUUUAUUUUUGAUUUUGAUUCUCGUAUAUUUUUAACGUUAAAAAAUACGGCAAUAUGAUUUUGGCCGCCUCGGCCGCCUUCGAAUUCAAAAAAUGGUUACGUUUUCUCAUAUGUAGUCUGCCUCUUUCACACUCGUGGCUUGUUCAUAUACGUGAUGGCUUCCCUUUCGCACACUUCAUCUGUCUGUCAAGCGAAGCGUAUGACAAGUCUCUGGUGUGUAUGUAGUUAUGUGUCAAACCGUAAACUGUGACGUCACACAAUUUUCAAAGAGCGUUUUGGGCGCGAAAGCAUCUGUCAAAAUAUAUUUUGUUAAUUUAACAUAUUUAAAGCCGUUUUUAGUAUAAAAGUUGAAUUUUAGGGCAACUUUUAGUUAAUAUAGAACGUAAUACAAGCGUUUCGAAAAAUUGGAAACAACCCUAUUAUUAACCGAUUCUCGUGAAAUGUUGUGACCAGAUUAUAUGACUCAAUAUGGAUUUUUUUUGUCGAUAAAGGUUUACAAAAAAAUUUCAAAAUAUGGAAAUUGGUAGGAAAGACUUAAAGAGCCCACAGCUCCUAGUGAGUAUUAUAUUCUUUGGCCCACAGCGCCUAUAGCGCCAUUGUGAGUUCACUGUGAGACCCUGUGAUAACGACUCAAGCUCAACGAACUAAGUAUUUUUCACUUUUACAUUUUCUAAUCUUAGCGCGAGGUCUGCAGCUCACAGAGCCACUAGUAAAUUAGGACACGACCGAAAUUUGCUCCUUCGAUUUUAGAAAAGACUGAUAAUACAAAGUCGCAUUCCUCCAAUGUUCAGAGCUAUCUAUUGAAAGCAAGAGUUAUUUCGGCCAGAUGUCUAAGCUGAUGGAACUGAGACCUGCUUCAAAAUAACUCGACUUCCGUUCAAUUAUGGCACUGCGGAAUGCGAACACGAAACCAGAGGUCUAAUAGCCUUAAUAGAUUACCGCACCGGACAGUGAUUUUGGUGCCGUCGAAAUAUCUCUUUCUCGCUCUAAAUUAUUAAUUGCGUCCUUAACACACGUACGACGACCACCUCACACACUAGCGAUAUGUGCGCCACACAGCACCAAGGUCGCGGUAAUCUAUAGACGCUUUAAUGAGGGAACAUAAGGCUAGUCCAGACGGGAUGAACAAAUCGACCGAUUUGAUCAGAAAAGAAAAUGGCGAUAAACUCCAAUUUAAUCACCAAUUUAAGAUUAAAAGCCAUAACAGACUACCGCAAGCGACUACUACACGUAUCUAUAGUUGUGUAAGGUGGUCGCCGUACGUACGUUAAGGUCGCAGCUAUAAGUAAGAGCGAGAAAGAGAUAUUUCGACCGCACUGGUGCAGAUAUUCCGUGAAAAGGAAAACGAUUAGGUGUCAGGCUCGACAACGGGACCGAUUUCAGGCCCGAUAUCAGGAAGUUUAGAUGUACUUGGCCCACUUGGCCGCAUGUACAAAAUCAUUUUUUGUUUCUAUUGGACAAGCUAAUUUUAUUUAUAUUUUAUUAUUAUUUAUUAAUAAGUUUUUACCUUUUUUACACUAGCGUACGAAAAAUUUAUGAAAAUACACACAUUUAAUUUAUUGAUUGCCACCUCUUAUGUUUUCUUUUUUUUUCGAAAAAAUUUUUUGCCGCUUCCCUUCCCAGUGUUGUCACAUCUACCAACUUUUCGGUAGAUCUACCUACUUUGCCUGCGUUCUACCUAUCUACCUCCCUCGGCCUGAAAUCUACCUAUUUUUCAAAAUGGUACAAUUGUAAGCAAUUCUCAAUACAUGUGACGGAAAAUUACUUAAUUUCUACCAAAUUUAGAUUCGAUUUAAUGAAAACUUGCCAAAGAAACAGAUAAUACAAGCAGGUUUAUUACCUACAAACAAUGGAAAUCCUAAUUUUGUUUCAAUUUCUUUAAUUAACACGUGUACUAACUAACGUCACAAUAUUAAAAACGUAUAAAUAAUUCAAAACAUUUUAUACACAUUUUUAAUCAUAAAAUAGAGUAGUAUAGUAGUAGAGUAGAAUAGUAGAUCUACCUAUUUUUCAUUUUAAACUUCACCCAUUUCUACCUAUUUUUGCACCCUGUUCUACCAUUUCGCCAAAAUUGUAUGUGACAACACUGUCCCUUCCCGCCAUUUCUCAAAAGCACGAACACAAAGCACGCCAUAUUUUUUCGCUCUGAAGCCUCUGAUUAAGAAAGUUCUAUUUUGAAAUAAAUAAUUCAAUCCACCAACAUGAAUAUCGCCGAUAUUGAAAAAAUUGGUAAUCGAAAACGGAUUAACGCUGAAGCAGAAAAGUUACGCGAGAAAGUUAACAAGGAGACUGCUAAUAUCAUCAAACUUAAGGUUGCCCAAGAUACAGCAUACUGGGAUUUGAAAGAAAAACUUCAUCAACUCGAAAACAACCAUGAGCGCCUGCAGCAGAACAUGGUUGAGGUGCAAAUGCAGCACGAAGUUAUUUCGGGUCAAUACCAAGACGAGCUAAGAUUGCGGCCUGAAACAUUAAACAAGUUGAGCAGUACUCGUGAGAUCUGUGAUGUUCUAGAAGAGUACAGUGAGCGGCUUAAAGCAAGCGUGUCCCGUUGUAAGAAUGACCAAGCAAUGCUGGCUGAAGCAUACAACAAAUCCGGUCAGCUUGUUAGAGAAAUUAAAGACAAGCAAACCCAGUAUGAAGAGAAGAACUUGCAGAUUAUCAAUAAUUUACAAGAAAAAGUAAAACUUCUUGCUGACCACAAGGAGCAAAUGUCCCAAGUAUUUACUUCAUCGAAACAGCAACUAGAUUCAGAGUUGAGUGACGCUCGAACUAAACUUGCCACAGCUCUUAGCCAAAAAGAUGAGCUGUUCGUAGCUUUGAAUGACUUGAGCAGAAAGCUGGAUCAUACUAAACGGGAACUGGAGAAGAAAGAUGAUAAUAUCGCUAGCUUGCAAUCAGAUAUGAAAAAAUGCAUUCUUGAAUGCAAUAAUCACAUCACGGACAUGAAGAAUGCUAACUCUCAACAAGAACAAGUUCUGAAAGAAUGUACAGCAGCCAAUGAAUCUCUAAAGAAAGCGCUCCAGAACCAGGAACAAUUCACUCAGUCGAUUUGUGAUCAGAAUAAUAAGCUACAAGAGAAAAUUUCGUCUUUAGAAGAGGAACAAAUACUCAGCAUUGAAAAAAUUAAAGAUUUGGAACUGAAACUAGAGGCAAAUAUAAUUUUGUUAUUUAAAAUAUAUGUAAACUUUAUGUUAACGAAGACCUACCUGUAAGAGCUAAGUUGUAGUUUGAAUCUUCUAGCUUUGCUAUUGGUAAUAAAGUCGCUAUUUGAGAGGAUUGG